AUGGCGGAAGUGCCCGCAGACGAGGUGCCGCAGGCCGAGAAGGAUGAGCUGUUCUGCAGCUACGCGGCCAUGAUCCUGAAGGACAGCGAGCUGGACAUCACGGAGGAGAACAUCAACACCCUGAUCAAGGCCUCGGGGGGCUCGAUCGACUCCUUCUUCCCCGCGCUCUUCGCGAAGCUCUGCGCGGGCCGGGACUUGGGCGAUCUGCUGAAGAUUGGCGGGGGCGGCGGCGGCAUGGCCGUGGGCGGCGGCGGCGCGGCGGCCGGCGGGGCCGCGCCCGCGGCGGAGAAGAAGGAGGAGAAGAAGGUCGUUGAAGAGGAAGAGGAGGAGGAGAUGGACUUCGACCUGUUUGGCUAG